CCUCCCCCGGCAGCGGGCGGGCGGCUCGGCCGGGCUCGGUGCGGCGCUGCAGGCUCCGGUCCGGGCUGCGUGAGCCAAAGCCUCCCCCAGCGCCGCAGCUCCCCGCCGGGCUGCGAGGGCAGAGGCAUGCCCAGGAGGAGCAUCGCGGAGGUGAAGGUGCUGGACGUGCAGAAGCGGCGCAUCCCCAACAAGCACUAUGUGUACAUUAUCAAAGUUACCUGGUCCAAUGGGUCCACAGAAGUCAUCUACCGACGGUACAGCAAGUUCUUCGACCUGCAGAUGCAAAUGCUGGACAAGUUUCCGAUGGAAGGAGGGCAGAAGGACCCCAAGCAAAGGAUCAUCCCCUUUCUGCCAGGGAAGAUCCUCUUCCGCAGGAGUCACAUCCGUGAUGUUGCAGUCAAACGCCUGAUACCUAUUGAUGAGUACUGCAAGGCUCUGAUCCAGCUGCCUCCCUACAUCUCCCAGUGUGAGGAGGUUCUGCAGUUUUUUGAGACUCGACCUGAUGACUUGACUCCCCCCAAAGAGGAGCCCAUUGGAAAGAAGAGAUCUGGGUUUAUCCAGAGAACGACCUCUUUCCUGCAGAGAGGAGCUGACUCUGCCUCGGUCGAUCCCUUGGUGCUGGAGCAGUAUGUCGUGGUGGCCAACUACCAGAAGCAGGAGAGCUCCGAGAUCAGCUUGUGCGUGGGCCAAUUGGUGGAUAUCAUUGAGAAGAACGAAUCAGGCUGGUGGUUUGUGAGCACAUCAGAGGAGCAAGGCUGGGUGCCAGCGACCUGCCUGGAGGCCCAGGAUGGCGUCCAGGAUGAGCUCUCAAUGCAACCAGAUGAAGUCCCAUGGAGAUACUGGUCCCUUCCCAGGCAUGUUGGCCGCCGUCGGACUCUUGGGGACUUGUACACAAGUGGAUGGGGUCAAGAGGAGAAGUACACAGUUAUUUACCCAUAUACCGCCAGAGACCAGGAUGAAAUGAACCUGGAUAAAGGAGCCGUGGUGGUGGUGAUCCAGAAGAACCUGGAGGGCUGGUGGAAAAUCAGGUACCAGGGCCAAGAAGGCUGGGCUCCCGCCUCCUAUCUCAAGAAAGGGAAUGGAGAGAUGUUCUCUCAGAAGCUGGGGUCUGGCUCCUCCACUCAUUCCUGUGCCUUGGAUCUGGAUGGCAUCUCCCGGCAGCAGGUCGUCACCAGCCGAGAGAAGGAUGGGCUCCCUGGCCAGAGGGAUGGGAGGUUUGACAACCGUCCCCUGCCCAACGCUGACAUCCGCCGCAAGUCACCGAAGAUGAGGCAGAGACCCCCUCCUCGCCGAGAUCUCACUAUACCACGUGGUCUGAACCUGCCUAAACCUCCUGUCCCUCCUCAAGUGGAAGAGGAAUAUUACACCAUUGCUGACUUCCAAACCACCAUCCCUGAUGGCAUCAGUUUCCAGGCAGGAAUGAAAGUAGAGGUUAUCGAGAAGAACCUGAGCGGCUGGUGGUACAUUCAGAUUGAGGAGAAGGAAGGCUGGGCCCCUGCUACGUUUAUUGAUAAAUACAAGAAAACCAGCAAUGCAUCCAGGCCCAACUUUUUGGCUCCGCUGCCCAGUGAGAUGGCCCAGCUCCGGCUGAGUGAUGCUGCAGCAGAAAGCAGUGCCACAGAGGAAGCAACGGGACCAUGCAGGCCUCUACCAGAGGCUCCUCCUAAUGGCAUGGAUUGUGGUUUGAAGAGGACCAAGGACUGGAAGGGGAAAGAGGCUACUGAGAGCGGGGACCUGGCCUUCACUUGUGGCUAUGAGGAGAUCUCAGACCGGGAUAUGGAGGAGAAGCCCAGCCUGCCACCCAGGAAGGAGUCCAUCAUUAAGUCAGAAGGAGAGUUGCUGGAGAGGCAGAGGCCUCCCCCAAAGCCUCCAGGCAUGAUUUUGCCCAUGAUCCCCCCGAAGCAGUCAGCAGCUCCAAAGGACAGCAAGAAGCCAGAGCUGAAACCUGAGAAGGGCAAACUCUUCCAGCUGAAGAACGAAAUGGGGCUGGAAUGCGGACACAAGGUGUCGGCCAAGGAGGUGAAGAAGCCAAACCUCCGUCCCAUUGUCAAGCCAACCAAGCCAAAAGCUGAGCCUAUGGAGGACAAGCCUGAGCCGAUCACUCAGAACCCCUUCUUGAAGUCAAGACCUCAGAUCAAGCCCAAACCUGCCGCAGCCCCUCGGACUGACCCUCCUCCAGCUGAUGACAAACUGGACAUUUGCAGCCUGCGGAGCAAACUGAGACCUGCCAAGUGCCCAGAGAAGCCCCCUGAGCAGGACACUGCAGCCAGCGAAAGCUCCUGCAGUAACCCUGCAGUUGCCCCAGAGGCUUCUGGAAGGUUUCAGGAACGACCGAGCAUGGAGAGCAAAGCCCUUCCCAAAUCCCCCCCGGGUCCAGCUGUUGCCCCAGCUGCUCGAGAUCCUGCACCGCAGCGCCCAGUUGUGCCACCCCGCCGGCCUCCACCACCCAAGAAAACAACGUCUCCUGUUGCCAUCUCUGCUCCUGAAGCCAGGGCAUCCCCACUGCCAGGGAGGCCCAUGCUGGUUCCCCCCAAAGCCAGACCCUUCCUGUCUGCCGCCAUCCAAGACGAAGCCAAAGUGAAAAGCAGCGUCAGCCCAAAGGUAAUAUCCAAAGCAGUGGAGAGAGGGGAAGGCAGGGAGAGGACGUCAGCCCCCUUCUCCAACCCGGAUGUCUCCAAGGAAGCUCUCUAUGUGGCAGUGGCAGAUUUUGAAGGCGAUGAGGAGACGAACAGCUUUAGAGAGGGGACUUUGUUUGAAGUGCGUGAGAAGAACAGCAGCGGCUGGUGGUUCUGCAAGGUCCUGACUGGGGGGCCCUGCUGGGAGGGCUGGAUCCCUUCUAACUACCUGCGGAAGAAGCCAUAGCCUGUCCUGUGUUUACACGGUUGGAGGUUCCCUGUUCUUCCACCUGAAUAUUUAAUUAGCAUCUUAAUUUAUAGUUUUCCAUAAGGCUGGCUUUAAAAAUAAUAAUAAUUGAAAUCCCAUACAUUCCAGCUGAUGCCCCUCUCCCAGCUGUGGGCUCCCUCCCACUGCCCUGAGCUUCUGUUCUCUCUCGGCCUGGCAGGGCAGCCCUACGCCUGGAGUACAGGGGCCAGCACAGUUCUCCAUGCUGGGGAGAGCCUUGGUAGAUGGGUUUUGCCACCUGUACAGGGGAUUCAAGAAGCAGCAUCAGCCAGUUUGGUUUGGUAUCAGUGAAGGAAAUGUGGCCUCGUGGAUAGAUGUGCUUUUCACAGAGGCUCGGGAUCAUGCUGUAUGUCAUAUUUCUUAGUCCACGUGUGUAGCAGAGUCAUAUAGGAGAUGUGGCAACUAGAGGGGACUGUUGCUCAGAAUGGUGUGUCCCCAUAGCUCUGCAUGCAUGUGCAGACAUGAACACACACUGGAGGCACUCCAGGCUCUGCCUUGCUUUCCCCUGCGCAAGCAAUGGGACAGUCCCAUGGUCCCUCCCCACUCCAUGAUGACAAGUGUUAACUUAAACAUCCUCCUGGUGGGAAAAAAGAAUAAGAAGGGAAGAAAAAAAAAAAGAAGAAACACGUACAGGUGGCAGGUCCUCUCUGCUGACCCAGGGCACGAUGCAGACUGUACCUUGCCAUGUUACAACCAAACAAGAAGUGUUUUGCUUCAGUAGCUGAAGAAUACUAUGCAACGCACAGAGGACCAGAGUGAGCCCAGAAGCCCUGGGAAUGAAGAAGGAUGCUUUGCUUCUCUUCUGACACAGUCUGCCCUGCCUGUUGGACUAAUAGGGGACCACCUGUUCCCAUGACCCACAGAGCUUCCCAGGGCUGGCAGGCAGCAGCCACGUGGGUCUUCCAGUAGGUGCUGAUCUUAUCAAGUGCAAUCCAGAAUGUGGGAGCUCAGCUCCUCAUUGCAUCCAGUUGUGAGGUAUGUCUGGUGCUCAGGUGCUCCCUACUUUGUCACCCCCAGCUUUCUCUUGUCCUGUCCCCAGGUGCUUUCUGCUCACCCUGAGUGUUGGUUGGCUUUGGGGGCACCAGGUCAAACAGAGCCGGUUUUAUUUCCAUGCUGGCAGUGGUGUUUGUCCCAGCUGGAGAAUGAAUGUGGUCUGUUUGGCUGCCUCUCCUUUGUGCCACUUUCUUCUCUUGCAGAUUCAGAGCCACAUUUCUCUCCCUUGAAGAGCUUCAUGCCCUUUGCUUCUGUGGGUUUGUGGCUGGCUAAGUCUGUGUGCCCUUUCUACUCUAAUUGCGAAUGCUGCAGAUGCACUUCUGCAGCCAUAUUGUUUGGCUGCUGGAAACAAUUAAGGUUUUCCUUCUAAUUUGAGAUUGAUGGAGCUGAAGGCACUCUGCAUGCCAGAGGAAUAAUACCCACUCCCCUGUUGCUGCCUUCCCUUGUCCCAGGGAAUGUGGACUUAAAGAUACAUCCUUCUAUAUGAAGAAGGAACAUGGUGGUGCCUCUGGCUGGGUUGCACUGGGAAGCCACUGGGGUGGUUCAUCCCAGCCCUAUUGUAGCUAUUGAGAAGCCCUGACCAUUCCAGUGAAACCAGAAGCCCUAAGGUUCACUGGGGUUUCAACCCAACCCUGUAACAGAGCCACAGUAAGAGGUGUCAAUGUGUGAGUUGCAUGGUGCGUUUGGGAUGCAAUGCUGCCUUGUCUCUGCUCUGGUAAAACUCCUUUGCUGUGAGUGGGGCCAGGCUCAGGUAAGGCAGAGCUGCCAAGCAUGUGUCCCUGUCCCCUCUGGCUGCUGGCAGUCACAGCAGGGUGACAGCAGUGUGCCCUUGUCCCAUGACAGUGCAUCCUUGCUCCUGUCCUUGCUGAAUAUCCCCAUUUCUCUCCUUUCUCUGCUUCAUAGACCUCACUAAUCCCACUGUUCCUCACCAAGAACAAUGCUCUUUCUGUUGCUUCCAUUCUAAAUGAGGGCUAUUUCUGCUUUCCUCCCAGACUGGGCCUCAGAACUGGUAGUGCUUCAUUUUGCUGACACAAGUACUGUAUUUGGCUCAUCGAGCACAUGACAGCAUCGGUCUCUUGUUCCCAAAGAGCUUCCCAGCAUCGCAGAGGUGUCAUCCUCAGUAUGGCAUCAGCAGUGGCCAGUUCUUCUGUCUGCAAAAGGACAGCAGCCCCAGGAAAAAGGUGCCAAUUUGGUGGCCACACAAGUGUACCAGCCCUCUGUGCUUCUGUCUGGCUGAACCCCCAAAUACAUAGUAAGAAAGAGGAGGUUGGCCCAGGGUAGGUGGGCAGCUCAGUGGGACCCAGUGCCCUCCUUGCCCACAGACCAUGCUGGGCAGGGGGGGGGACACGGGGAUCUGAUGGUGGGGGCUGGAGGCCACAGCUCUGUCUCACUUGCUCUUUAAGCCGGUGUUUCUGUCCAUGUCUCGCUGUACUACGUAAGCGUGUAUAAAUCUACAUUACUGUGGGUGGGUGGGUGGGGGUGGCAGCGGAAGGUAGAUGUAGCUGUGUAAAUGCCGUAUCUAUACUUUCACCAUUAGGGGUUGGGUUUUGUGGUUUUGGGGUUUUUUUGUUGCUGUUGUUGUUGCUUUUUCUUUUUUUUUAAUUCACUGGGGUUUGGAAUUUUUAUUUGGUUUUGGGGUUUUGUUUUGUUUUAUUUUGUUUUUAUAAGAAAUAAAAAGAAACUGCUUGACUGGUUUCAAGCACCCUUGUGA